UACGCUUUGUUGCAGGACUGGCAAGCAAUUCGGCCGAGGAGAGGACACUAUUCGUCUGGCUCUCCCAGUAAAGGACGUAUGGCGGAAGACACACUCGGUCUAAUGAAGGAUUGCCAACUUUCAGUGCGAAAACUGAACCCUCGCCAAUACAUCGCAGAUAUUUCUGAACUCAAGAACGUUGAGGUGUGGUUUCAACGGGCAUCCGACGUCGUGAGGAAGCUGAAAACUGGGGAUGUGGACAUGGGCAUUGUUGGCUACGAUAUGCUUCGGGAAUAUGGGGAGGAUGACGAGGACCUUAUAGUAGUUCACGAUGCUUUGGGAUUCGGACAAUGCCACCUUGCAAUCGGGAUUCCAACUUAUGGCAUAUUUGAGAAUAUAAACUCUUUAAGUGAGCUGGCUGCCAUGCCAUUAUGGACUGAAGAUAGGCCAUUGCGUGUUGUCACUGGCUAUACGUAUCUUGGAAAGAAGUUCUUGGAAGAACACGGCUUUAAGCAUGUGGAGCUCUCAACUGCUGACGGUGCUUUGGAAGCCGCACCAGCUAUGGGAACUGCUGAUGCCAUCUUGGAUUUGGUGAGCAGCGGAACUACUCUACGUGAGAACAAUCUGAAGGAGAUUAGCGGUGGAGCUGUUCUCAGUAGUCAGGGUGUGUUCGUCGCCAACAAAAAAGUACUGCUGGAGCGGAAGGAGGUGCUCGAUGUAGCUCAUGAAAUGUUGGAGCGGUUUGAAGCACAUCUAACUGCCCAAGGUCAAUUCACGGUGGUUGCCAACAUGAGAGGCGAUUCUGCAGACGAGGUUGCGGAUAGGAUUCUCAACGCCACCAGUUAUCCAGGCUUGCAGGGCCCUACGGUCAGUCCUGUUUACACUAACAAAGGUGGUAAAACUGCGGUGGACUACUACGCUAUUAUCAUAUGUGUUCCAAAGUUUCAACUAUACCAAGCUGUCCGGGAACUAAGAAAGGCUGGAGGUAGUGGUGUGUUGGUGUCACCAUUGACGUAUAUUUUUGACGAAGAGACUCCCAGGUAUCGGCAAUUAUUGGACAAUUUGCAGAAGUAGAUCCAUAUGCAAUUCUCAUCCAUUUGUGAUCAAUUUAGAACCUUGAGCGAAUUGAUUUCCACGGGCAACUUCUCUCUGAUUUCGUAUAUAUUCUCA